GCGUUUGCGGCUCUUCGCCUCCUCCCAACUGAUCAAGAAAACAGAAACAAAAGAGAAAAGCAAACAGGAAAAGUUUUUCCCAAGAUCCAUUUAUAUUGGCCUACAGGUCACUUAGCAACUCAUUGUCGUCUGCUUCUUUCUAUGUUCUCAUGAAAUUUUUUGGAGUGGAUUUCCGCCAUUCUUUCGCUUUUUCCCGGACCUAUCUUGCUACCAGGACCUCUAUAAGGCCCUCAGUCCAUAACCCAGGUCACCCCAACCAUGUAGACUCUCACAUGAUAAAAACUGGUUUCUGCCCACAAAUCUAUGGUCUCAACUAUGUGAUCGACUGCCUCGUAAAAGAUGGGGAGCUCUCCCAAGCACGCAAACUGUUCGAGGAAAUGGCUCAAAGAAAUGUUAUCUCCUGGAAUACGUUGAUUUCUGGCUACGUGACUUCUCGCGAUGUCUGUGAAGCACGGCGGCUUUUUGACCGCGCCACGGACCGCAACUUGAUCACAUGGACAGUCAUGAUGGCCGGGCAUGCGCAGUCCGGCGAGACUGGAGAAGCUUUUGGCCUCUUUUCAGAGAUGAGAAGGUCUGACCAGCAGCCUGACCGUGUCACUCUCACCACCCUGUUGUCAGCCUGCAAUGUUGGUGGGCAAUCGAACAGUGUUCGUCAGGUUCACUCCCUCGUGGUAAAGUUCGGGUAUGGUUCCACCCUCCUUGUAGCUAACACGCUGCUUGAUUCUUACUGUAAAUCCGGGCUUCUGAGUUGUGCGCGCCAAUUGUUGGAUCAGAUGCCUCGGCGAGAUUGCGUGACAUUUAAUGCGAUGAUUGCAGGCUAUACUAAGAAUGGGAUUGCAGAGGAACCGUUGGUUCUCUUCCUAGAGCUUCAAAAAUCUGGUUUGAGGCCCACCGAGUUCACAUUCGCCGGCGUCAUUGCAGCUUGUACAGUUAUUGGCGAUGUUGGCCUUGGAGUGCAGAUUCAUGGCUGCGUGGUCAAGAUGAAUUAUGAGUGGAAUGUUUUUGUCAGCAAUGCAUUGCUUGAUAUGUAUGUAAAGAGUGAUGAAAUUGGUGAUGCAACACUGCUUUUUGACGAAAUGCCUCAAAGGGACUGUGUUUCAUACAAUAUUGUAAUCACUUCCUAUGCUUGGGAUGGCCAGUGGGAAGAGUCUUUCAAUCUCUUCAGGAAAUUACAAUUUGCUGGCUUCGAUCCUAAACAGUACCCUUUUGCUACUAUAUUAAGCAUGUUAGCGAAUUCGACGGCUCUGAAUGUUGGUAAGCAGGUCCAUGCUCAAGCUAUCAUAACCUCGGCCGAGUCUGAGAUUUCAGUUUGCAAUGCGUUAAUUGACCUAUAUGCUAAAUGUGGAAACUUGGAGAUUGCAGAGAGCUUGUUUAGGGGGAGGAAAGAUUUGAACACGGUUUCAUGGACAUCACUUAUUUCCGGAUAUAUACAGCAGUGCUCUUAUGGGAAAGCCAUGCAAUUCUUCUCUGAGAUGCGAAUGUUGGGAAUCCACUCGGAUCAGGCGACAUUUUCUAGUAUUCUGAGUGCUUGUGCAAGUUUAGCAUUGCUCGAUUUAGGAAGGCAAGUCCACUCAGCCAUGCUUAAAUCUGGAUUCAUGUCCAAUGUGUUCACAGGGAGUGCACUUCUUGACAUGUAUGCAAAGUGUGGUUCUAUCGAGUAUUCCAUGUUAGCUUUCAAGGAGAUGCCUAACAGAAACAUCGUCUCAUGGAAUUCUAUGAUCUCUGCUUAUGCGCAGAAUGGGUGUGGAAAGGCUGCUUUGGAUCUUUUUGAUGAAAUGCUGAAGUUGGGAGCGUAUCCGGAUUCAGCCACCUUCCUGAGUCUGCUUUCUGCCUGCAGUCAUGCUGGAAUGGCAGAUGAAGGAUUUUACGUCUUCAAUUCUAUGAGUAAAAUUUAUGGUAUACAUCCCAGGCGAGAACAUUAUGCUUGCAUGGUUGAUGUCUUGGGCCGAAUAGGAAAACUUGAUGAUGCAGAGAAACUAAUAAAUGACAUGCCUUUUGAACCAGAUGAAAUUAUGUUGUCAUCAAUUUUAAACUCAUGCAAGAUCCAUAGUAAUCCACAACUGGCACAGAGAACUGCAGAUCAAUUGUUCCAUAUAGGACCUAGAGACGCUUCCCCUUACAUUGCCAUGUCGAACAUCUAUGCAGCGGCAGGGAGAUGGGAAGAUGUUGCCAAUGUGAAAAAGUCCAUGAAGGGUAGAGGACUCAUUAAGGAGCCAGCAUACAGUUGGGUGGUGAUUAAGCAGAAAACUUAUUCAUUUUCUGCUAACGAUGAUUCCUGUCCACAGAUGGAAGAGGUAAAAGCAACAUUAGACAUGCUUCAUCAGAAAAUGAUAUGGAUGGGCUUCAAGCCUGAUACGAGCUGCGUUCUUCAUAGAAUCAAGGAAGAAGCUAAAAUUGAGGCCCUGCGGUACCACAGUGAGAAAUUAGCUGUUGCAUUUGCUCUCAUUAAUACACCUCCAGGAUCACCAAUUACAGUGAUAAAGAACUUACGUGCAUGUGCAGAUUGUCAUGUAGCCAUCAAGUUGAUAUCAAAGAUAGUAGGAAGGGAUAUUACAGUGAGGGAUUCUAGUAGGUUCCACCAUUUCAGGGAUGGGGUCUGCUCAUGUGGAGAUUUUUGGUAAUACACUAAUGGAACCGCUCUUAUUUAAUCAUCCGGUGCAAUCAAAAUCUUCAUAGCGCCUUCGGGUCAUCGCUGCAUUUUUGGCAUCUGCGACUACCAAACAAGGUAGAAUUCGCCAAUGGUUGCAGUGCAGUUCUCUUCAGCAAGUCAGCUGGCACAUCUCUUAGCCGCUUAUGUUUGAAACCAGACAAGGAGAAAAAGUAUUUCUGCAAUCAGCUUCCUGUCAUCGUUCUGAAAUAAGCAACCUUCUGACUGGCAAAGAAAGUUACUCAGAUCUAUAAGCGAAGCAAUCAGUUGACUAUCAAAAGAGCUUCAAACCCCAGACACGCAAACCUGUCCAGGUGCGUCGCCUUUGGGUGUUCAAGUUGAAAAGCACGAAGAACAUGCUUUCCUGACUAGGUGGGUGGGCGUCCAAAUUGAAGGAAAUGAAGAUCUUUUUUCGUUUGUUUUGUCGGCAAACUGAAGCCAACGAGAAAUUAUUAUUUUUGAUGGGCAGGAUGAAUUUGCUGAGGUUUCACUAAGGCAAUAUAAGCAUUUUGGCAACUUAGCGGCUUAGCCUGUGACAAGUUGUCCAAACGAGCAUUACAUGCUGUGCGAGAUAGGGAAGAGGAGAUUUGCUGACGUUCAUGGUCUGAUAUGGAUGCUCUACAUCACAGAAUUGAAUAGGUUAAGUUGGACCAGUUGCCGCGCGAUGAAGUGGUUCAGCAUGAAGCUAUCUGUCUACACAUGCAAUUGAGUGUCCAAUACCCCAGUGGGUUCUUCUACCAUUUACGGAGGACCCCUGAAUGAUCAUCGUUCAGAAGGAUCUGAUGGUUGUAAUCUGAUACAUGAUAUUGACCUCAGGACAAUAUUCUCAAAAUCUGUUUCUAAAUCGAAUAAGAAAGCCCAAAUGAUUUAGUAAAU